UAAACAAAUAAGUGAGGUUAUUUGAAUACGAUCUUAACUAAAAUUUCAAAUGAUUACUAAAAUAUUUAACAAAAACAGCAGAAAGGAAUGACCGUCUAGUGAAUUUACAUCAGUAAUUAUAGAUUUAUUUCAGAAUGUGGCGUCGAUAUUUAAUGUGGUUUGCACAUGAACACGUAGACUUUCGUUAUGCUGAAAUGCAAAGCAUACUUUCCAUGCUCAAUAUACAGAUAAAAUUUGUAGAGAAACCAUGUGUAAAUAAGCCUUAUUGGAUAGUUGAGUUUCCUACUGAAGAUUGCAUCAAAAAGGUCGCUUCCCGUUCAGUUUUACUUAAGAAUUGUAUAGAACUAUGGUCUAGAGCUACAACAGCGGAUCGUUUACAUAGAAACUUGAAAAAUGCACUCACAAACUCAAGUGGAAAGUGGAUUAUACCUGAUACGUCAAUAGAGCAUAUAAGUGAUACACAUGUUUGCCCAAAGGAGCUUCUACAAGCAUGUAGUGAUAAACAAAAGUCUUUCAAAGUUGAAGUAGAGACAUUCUGUAAACAUUUUACAAUGAAAGAAAAGGUCGACAAAAUUGAGAAUUUCAGCUACUUGCCUUUACGUGGUCCGGUAAAGUUAAAGAAUCCAGAUAUAACAUUGGCCUACCUUGAAUUCUAUGGUGUUGAUCCCAAUAACGUUCCUGAUCAGCCACAUGAUUUAUUUUUCGGUAAAUGGAUUGCUGAUGGUCAACGUGAGCUCAUCCAAACGCACUCUCUAAAGAAACGACAGUUUAUCGGCAAUACAAGCAUGGAUGCUCAAUUGUCGCUCAUAAUGGCAAACCAAGCUCAAGUAAAUACUGGACUAAUAAUAUUAGACCCAUUUGUAGGAUCCGGUUCCCUAUGUAUAGCUGCAGCGCAUUUUGGAGCAUAUGUUUGGGGGUCGGACAUCGAUUUUAUGAUGCUGCAUGCGAAAUCCAGGCCUACACGCGUCGGACAAAAGGUUCGUACAGAAGAAGAAAGUAUUAAGAGUAACAUGAAGCACUACGGGACCGAUUCGAGGUAUUUAGACGUCGUUGUGAGUGAUUUCUCAUUGCCUAAUUGGAGGGGAGACUUGAAGUUCGAUGCUAUUAUAACUGAUCCCCCUUACGGUGUUCGAGAGCCAACGGAGAGAAUAGGUAUAGACAGAGAAAACUAUGAGCUAUCCGAGGAACACCUUGUUAACCAUAUACCGUCUAAGGUGGAUUAUGGUCUUCCACACUUAUACAGCGACUUGCUGAACUUCGCUGCGAAGCAUCUCGAGAUUGGAAGACGGCUGGUGUGCUGGUAUCCUUUAGUGAGAGAAGAAUACAAAGAAGACGAGUUACCAUCGCAUCCCUGUCUGAAGUUAAUUGCGAACUCCGAGCAGGUCUUGUCUAAACUAACAGCCCGCAGACUGCUCACGUAUGAGAAAGUUAGCGACGAUGUUCCCAACAUGCCCGUUGACCCACACGCCGGAACGCAUAGUUUUAGGGAGAAAUACUUCACAAUGGGUGAAACAACGAGAAGGGAAAGAAAAGAAAAAAAAGCUGAAGAUAUGGCGGCGUACGGGCUGAGACAAUUUCAAAAUAUUAUUAAUGAUGUAUAAAAAUACGAAUUACAUUUAUUAUUGACAAAUAUUAUAA